AAAUAUACAUUCUGUAAUUGUGUAAAGAAAUGUGUUUCAUACAAUGUUCAAUAACAGCCCCACUGUUAACCGAACAGCUGAUUGCGAGCCGCCACAAAACCAGAAGAAGAAAGAAAACGCUAUUGGCAGAAGUUUAUGAGAACGCUUACAAAUGCUCUAAGUGGUUGCGGUAAUAAUUUGAAACAAAUAUGUCGCUUGUUGAUCAUGACUCAUGGGACAUCGAGUAUAAGGGCUGCGAGCGCUUGCGGCAUCAGCUGCUUGGUUUGCUUCAUAAGCGCAGGCAGCUGGACGCCACCGUCGCUACUCCGGAAUAUGCAAAGCUAACGAACAGCAUUGAUACGAGUCGCGAGCAACUGGCUAAGGAUGUAAAACAUCUCAAGGUGGUGCUGGAUAAUGCCAUCACCUGGGAAUCCUGUCCAGAGUAUGAAUUGCAGCAGCGUCGCAUCAACUACGACAAACUCAAUUCCGACUUACGCAGCAUAGAUGCCACACUCAACAGCAACAGCGCAUACCCCUCAUCCAGCUCGAGCUCAGUUUGGCAGCAAAUGGGCACGACAGCCGCUAUUGCACCGCCCACAGAUGUCGCCAGUUUAAAGCUAACCCAGGCUGCAAUACUUGAGCAACAGGACCGUGGACUGGAGGCUUUGUCUGCGACUAUUUCUCGCCAGCGGCAGCUGGCUACCCAGGUGUACGACGAGGUGGACGAUCAGCAUAAUAUACUGGACAAUCUGGCCAAUACAAUGGAUCGCGUAGAAGCGGGUGUGCAGCGAGAAACACGCACCAUUGGCCAGGUGACUAGAAAGGAUAGCACCUGGGGCUAUUGGUUGGUUAUUUUAUCGCUCUUUGUGGCCAUUAUCAUUGUGGUGCUUAUCUAGGAAGCAGGUUACAGUAACUAUAUAUGUAUGGGAGUUAUUUAUAUAUAUAUAUCUGUUUGCAUAGCAGAUAUAUGUAUAAUCCAUUUUGUAUGCCUGUAAAGCAUUUGCUAAAAUGUUUAUGGAAUGUUUACAGAUGUGUAUAUUAUAAAUGUGUUAAAAUGACUUUGCAG